AUGUAGUGUAUUUGUGAUCAUAAUGUGGAAAAGAAAUAAAUUUACAAUUUUUAGAAAUUUCAAGAAGCUAUUGAAAAGAAAUUUAAGCAAUAUAAAUUAGAUGAUAGAAGUGAAAUAAAUAAUCUACGUCAGAAUUUUAAAUCCUUAAUUUCUCAAACUGAAAUUAUGAUGAAGAAUUUGUUGGAAAACUUAAAGGAUUCCAUCAAAUAAAUAUUUGACACAAUUGAAUAGGAAGAUCAAACUUAUAUACGUCUUAUUAACUAAAAUAUUAGUAUUGGAGAGUUUUCAAACACUGAUUUGGAAAAAUUAGUUUUAAUUUUAGAAGGAAGUAUUUUAGAAAAUUGGAAUACUAAAAAAGAUGCUUAUUUUAAAAAAUUGGAGAAUGCUAAGAAUUAGUUAGACCUAGAAACAAAAAAAUUUAGUGAAAAUUGUAUAAUAGAGAUAAAGGACAUAAUUUCAAUAAUCAAACAAUAAUUUAAUGUAAAUUUUUUAAGCAUUUAAUCUUUGGAACAAAAAUCAAUGAUUAAUGAAGAAGGGAAAGAAACUAAAGAAAUUGAGAGUUUUAUUUUUGAUUUUGAUUAAAAAAGAUAUAUUUGCACAAAAUUUGAAAUAAAUUUGACUAAAGAUAAAGAUUUAAUUUAUACUAAAGAUGGAUCAAUUUUGAGAAUGUAUUUUUCAUAUUCAUUCAGUUAGUGAUAAAUCUAAGAACUCUUUUUGGUAAAAAGAUGUCAUGACAAACUUAGAAUAAAUAGCAUAUUUAUAAUGGGAAGGAGAAUAUAAUAAAAAUGAUAUUAAAAUUGGCAAAUGGACAGCAAUAUUUAAAGGUGUAAAAGAUAUAGGAGGAUAGUACAACAAUGAAGGAAAAAAAUAAGGAAAAUGGAAGGAAAUAUUUUAAAAUUAUUGGAGGUAAAUAUUAAUUGAUUUUUAUAGUCAAACAAUUGGAUAUGAGGUUGGAGAAUAUUUUAAUGAUUAGAGAAUAGGAAUUUGGAAGUAUAUAUUUUAAGAAAAAGAGAUGUAAGAAAUUCUCUUAUUAAAUAUAUUAGGGGGGGAGGUGAGUAUAAUUAAAUUGGAUAAAAAUUAGGGAAAUGGAUUGAGUUAUCAACAAAUACUUCAUAUUUUUCUUUAGUCACUUAUGAUGGUGAAUAUGGAAUGAAUGGAUAGAAAAAAGGUAAAUGGAAGAUAAAGUAUGAUGGAUAAAAAAUGUAAAUAAAGUUUAAUUAUUUUUAGUGGUGGUGGAACUUAUGAGGAAUAAGAAGGAGUUUAAAAAAAGAAUGGGAAAUGGAUUGAGUUGAUAGAAGGAUUUACAGAUAACUAUUAGGUCAUUUAUAAUGGUGAGUAUAUUAAAGGGGACAAAAAAGGUAAAUGGGAAAUUCUGUCUAAAAGAAAAGGCAUUUUUUCGAAAUAUAGUUAAAUGUAAGAAAUCUUAUAAUAUAUUUUAGUGGUGGAGGAUGGUAUAAUGAUUUAGAAGGAAGUUAAAACAAGAUUGGGAAUUGGAUUGAAAUAAGAGAGGAAUUAAAUGAUAGUAGAAAAAUAACAUAUAAUGGGGAAUAUUCUAUGAAGGGAUAGAAAAAAGGUAGAUGGGAUAUUAUUUACAAAGGGAAAUAAAUGUAAAUAAAACUUAUAAAAUAUUUUAGUGGUGGAGGAUUGUAUGAUGAAUAAGAAGGGAGUUAAAAAAAGAUUGGAAUGUGGAUUGAUUUAAGAGAGGGUUUUUAUAAUUAUAGUUAAAUAAUUUAUAAAGGUGAGUAUAAUAAUAAAGGAUAGAAGAUAAGGAGAUGGGAUAUUAUGUAUUGUUUUGCAGGGGAAAAAGAUUAUCAAUUGAUGUAAAAAUAAUAAUUUGAUAUUCUAUUAGAGGUGGUGGAUUAUAUGAUGAACAAAUAAAUGGCUCAAAAAAGAUUGGUGAAUGGGUUGAUAUAUGGGAAUGCUUUGGAUAUAAUAGGGAAAUUAUUUAUUAAGGACAAUAUAAUAUUAAGGGUUAGAAAAAAGGUUAAUGGGAUAUUCUAUUUCGAGAAUAUAGAGGAAACGAACCAAUCUUAAUGUAAUAAUAAUUAAAGAUUGUAUUAGAGGUGGUGGAUAAUAUGAUGAAUAAGAUGGAGGUUCAAGAAAGAUCGGUAUGUGGGUUGAGAUAUCUGAUGAAUUUAGAUUCAAUAACUAAAUAGCUUACAGUGGCGAAUACGAUACUGCAGGUAAAAAAGUUGGAAAAUGGGAUUAGAUUGAUUUAAAGGGAAAUAAUUUUGGUAAUAAGAGAAAAAGCAAAUUAAUGAAAUGA